CCUUUGAAUCUCUCCUUGUUGCUCUCUGUUGUUACGCUCUUCUCUCUUGUUCUCUUCCCCUCAGAAGUCAGAUCCAUCCCACAACCCUUGCUCUCUUUCUCACAGAUCUCUUCUAAAACUCCUAAAUUCUCACUAAUUCAGGAGGUUCUUGUUUCAAAGUUCAAGUCUUUUUGAGUUUUUAGUGCUGGGUUUUGAGAGAUAGUGAAGAAUUUGAAGUGGGGGUUUGAUGGUUGUUGACAAGAAGAUAACUUCGAAGCAGAGAGUGACAAGGCAAUAGAUUUUGUGGUGCUUGUUAGGCAAAUGCAGUUGGUAAAACCGUAAAAUUGAAGGAGAUAUAAAUACAAAGCCUUUGUUUUUUGUUUAAAACAAGAGAUAAAAGAGAACAAGUUCUUUUGUUGUUUGUUUUUAUUGUUUUGUGGUGGAUUUUCGAAAAUCUAAAAGAUGCAACAAGAUCAUCCAAAGAAGGACUUAAAAGAGAUUGACUUUUUCACCGAGUAUGGGGAUGCCAAUAGAUACAAGAUUCUAGAAGUUAUUGGAAAGGGAAGCUAUGGAGUUGUUUGUGCUGCAAUUGACACUCAUACUGGAGACAAGGUGGCAAUAAAGAAAAUCAAUGAUGUUUUUGAGCAUAUUUCUGAUGCUAUUCGAAUCUUGAGAGAAGUAAAGUUACUUAGGCUUUUACGGCAUCCUGAUAUCGUUGAGAUCAAGCGAAUCAUGUUGCCGCCCUCAAAGAGAGAAUUCAAAGACAUAUUUGUUGUUUUUGAGCUCAUGGAAUCUGAUCUUCACCAAGUCAUCAAAGCUAAUGAUGACUUGACACGGGAACACCAUCAGUUCUUUCUUUAUCAGAUGUUACGUGCACUGAAAUAUAUGCAUACAGCAAAUGUGUAUCAUAGAGAUCUUAAACCCAAGAAUAUAUUGGCAAAUGCAAAUUGCAAACUUAAAGUAUGUGAUUUUGGGCUGGCACGAGUAGCAUUUAGUGAUACACCAACAACUGUUUUUUGGACGGACUAUGUUGCUACAAGAUGGUAUAGAGCGCCGGAGCUGUGCGGGUCUUUCUUUUCAAAGUAUACUCCAGCAAUUGAUAUUUGGAGCAUUGGCUGCAUCUUUGCUGAAGUAUUGACAGGGAAGCCAUUGUUUCCGGGUAAAAGUGUUGUUCAUCAAUUGGAUUUAAUUACCGACCUUCUUGGGACGCCCUCAUCAGAAACCAUUUCUGGAGUACGGAAUGACAAGGCAAGGAAAUACCUGACUGAAAUGAGGAAAAAACAGCCUGUGCCAUUUGCACAGAAAUUUCUAAAUGUAGAUCCGUUGGCACUCAGGCUACUGCAAAGGCUACUAGCAUUUGAUCCAAAAGAUAGACUGACUGCUGAAGAGGCAUUAGCCGACCCUUACUUUAAGGGCCUAGCUAAAGUUGAGAGAGAACCAUCCUGUCAGCCAAUCUCAAAGUUGGAGUUUGAGUUUGAAAGGAGAAGGGUAACAAAGGAAGAUGUUAGGGAACUGCUAUACCGUGAAAUACUGGAAUACCAUCCACAGCUACUCAAAGACUACAUGAAUGGAAAUGAAAACACUAAUUUUCUCUAUCCUAGUGCCAUAGGGCAAUUUAGAAAGCAGUUUGCAUAUCUUGAGGAAAACAGUGGUAGAAGUGGACCAGUGAUACCUCCAGAGAGGAAGCAUGUCUCACUUCCACGGUCUACAGUUCACUCAAACACAAUCCCUCCUAAUAUGCAAUCAACUUCAACCUCAUUUGACAACAGGCUGGUUACAGAAGACACUUCUAAAAAUUUUAGAGUACCAGAUGCAAGUUUUGGAAAUCCAGCAAAGGUUGCAAGGCCCCCUCCGCGAGUGCCAUCAGCAAAGCAGGGGAGAGUUGUGGGAUCGGCUGUACCCUAUGACAAUGGCAGAAAUGUCAAAGAUGCCUAUGAUUCAAGGAUAUUUUAUAGAAACUCAGUUCUGCCUCCCCAGACUGUCUCUCCGCACUGCUUCUUCAGGACAAACACAAUGGUGCAGGAGAAGUCUAUCUCCGAGCCUGAAAAAGACUCACAAACCAAACAGCAACCUCCUCUGUGUAAUAUGGCUGCCAAGCCAUCCUCUGGGAUGGCCAUGGAUGUGAACGCCUACCCAUAUUGCCAACCACAAGCUAGGGUGGAACAGUUAAAUGAGAGAAUUGCUAUUGAUGCAAAACUGCUGCAGGCACAAUCUCAGUUUGGUCCAGUUGGCGCUGCUGCUGUAGCUGUAGCUGCUCAUAGGAAUGUCGGUACUGUUCAGUAUGGAUUAACUUAGUCUAUUUUAUUUGAGUUGGUAUCACGAUCAAUUAUGCAAAUGCAUUUAGGUCUAGAAUUCGAGGUGGAGUAGUUGUUUUAUCUUUCUAGAAUGAUAGGUUUUAAGGGUUUAGUCCACGUCCUGUAUCUAGUCAUGCUGUGUAAUUAGACAUCUUAUGUAAUUCAAUUCGUUGAUCAGAAUAAAAAUAGCAUUCCUAGGAA